GACAAGUUUAAUGUACAAUAUCUAGUUACAUAUAAGUAAAUAAUAUAAUUUGUGCAUUAUAUUUUUUUUUAUUUCGCGUUUCUAAUUAAUUUUCCAAAAAUGUCGAAAUAACUUUUAAAAACGAUUAAACGAAGAUCAUAUAGGUCCUUAUUCCAUAAAAUUCAACUAUUUCAUAGAUACGACAUUCGACGCGCAUGCGCGGAAACUAGUAUAUGCUCACCGAUCCAACUAAUCCAACACCGUCUUCUAAUUCGCACAUUUUCCAAAUCGGAAGAUCGAGACAGAUUUGUCAUCGCGGAAGAUGAUCUCUACCGCGAUGAGGAGCGCGACUCGAGAUCCAUUUUUCCUCGGUAAUUAUAAAUACCGGAAAUUUCGUAGGAGACCGGGAAAAUAUCGUUUUUUCUUCCUUCUCGGAAACUGCCCGCCCGAAGGUUGUCGCGUUGCGCCCUGGACACGACGAAUAAAACGCAGAUGUGAGCGAACUCGAGCCUCGAGCUCGCCGCUCAUUCGUUCGGUCCAUUCACGGUCGAGCCUGUCUUAUCGGUGUGUCGGGGAAAAGAUUUUUUUUUGUCUCCCCGAAUCAGUUUGACUCCAAUCUCCGAUCGAGGUGGGGACGCUACGCGACCGACGACGCACGACGCACACGCGUGUGUGCAGGCGCAUUGCAUCGCCAUUGUUCGGUCGAGAAUCGCCCGAUCGGGUAUUAUGUCAGGCGUCGCGAACGAGGGUACGCGUGUCGAGGAGAUGAGACUCGGUCGAGCGAAUCGUCCGUUACGUUGCUAAAUACAUUGUUCGUACAGCGUCCGACAAAGAAGGAUAAUGCCUGGUGACAACGUGCCUGGCGCGACGACCACGAGAUGAUGAUUCUCUAUUACAAACGCAAAACACGAGCGGAAUUUUCCUCGGAAUAAUAGACGCCUGACGCGCGCGCGAAACUUUGACGAGCAACAUGUCUUGGCUCGGUUGGUCGGCGGAUAUCAAGAAGAGGGCCUGCAAAUACCUGCUGCAACGUUACCUCGGUCAUUUCCUCCACGAUCUGUCGCUGGAUCAAUUGACCGUCGAUCUGUACAAUGGCAAGGGUCAGGUCGACAAUGUCUAUCUCAACGUACAGGGUCUCAACGAGAUGGGAGAGCAACAACAUGUUCCACUGGAAUUCGUUGAUGGUUUUAUAUUGGAGAUAUCUCUUAGUAUACCAUGGUCGGCAUUACUUAGCCAAGCGAGUUACAUGGAAGUGAAAGGUCUUAGAUUUACGGUGCAGCCGCGACAAAGAGUCGAGACUGGGACGUCGAUGUUCGAGUCCAUGUGGAGUUCCAUGACGUCCAGUAUGCAACUGGCGCAAGAGUGUUUGCAGCAGGAGGCGACCAACGCAGGAAACGCUCAGCCUUUAGAAGCAGUGGAGCUGUUUGCCCAGACUAUAGAUUCAAUAUUAUCCAGGGUCAAAGUGAGAUUCAUCGAUACUGUGAUACGUUUGGAACAUGUACCUUUGAACUCUUCCACGGGAGUGGCGGUCGAAAUGUGGAUACAAAAUCUUGAAUAUUCUGACGAGGCUGGGUUAGAUCCUAGUGGUAGUCUGGAUCCCGAUGAAUCCGCAAAAGGUUACAUCAUUUCGGCAUUCUCCACCAAGCGAUUCUACAUGGAGGGAGUGACUUUCCAUACAGACGAAUUUCCCUCUCAUGCGAGAACGUUUUCUAGAAGUUUAGUGGCAAGUACGUGCUCUACUCCCGAUUCUAAAAAUUCGGACAGUCUGUUUACCUCCGCACAAAUGUCUCCUACUCUGAGCAUACUGCACACUCCUCCAGAGGCAAAUGCUGUUAACAACUCAAACGAAUUAAAUCCCAUUAUGUUUGCUAAGUUAGCGGGUAGACAAGAAAUAAGAUUAAAAAUGAAACAAGGGGAAGGAAUAUCGGGGCCAAAGGUAGAACUAGAAAUUAUUCUGGGAUCACUUACCUUGUUCUUGAGUCCCAGACAGUUGCACGUUUUGUUAGAAUUAGCGCAUGGCCUAGCAUCGCCGAAUCUAGAAGACAUGAGUAACGUCGUUCCAAGAAGAUAUGCAGAGAAACCCAUGGCUAGCAGUGAUUUCAGUCGCAUAGAACGUGAACUUAUUCAUCAGACGCAUCCUAUGCAAGACUUGAAAACUACGGAUCUACGAUAUGCUCAAGGGUGGUCUACAGGAUCGGUGGACGAAUCUGAUAACGAAGAUGAAUUUUUACCGAUGAAAUUGCCGGGAUCUACGUCAAUGUGUGAUUCGAUCGUGAGCAAUAGUUUCAGUAUGGAGGGCAGCAUAUCGAUCAGUAGCAUCAGUUCGAAAAGCUCUGCGACGAAUUUGCCGACGAGACACAAUAGACAAAGACACAAUAUAGACAACGACACUUCCGCGGAGACUACUCAAUUUCAUAUAAGAGUAUCUUCCGUCGCUCUAGUUCUGUUGCACGAAGAUAUAUUGACGCCGUGCGUAGAACAACUCGGUCUAACUUCUAGUAGCAUAAGACAAAUGAAGAGUGCCGCGAAGGAAUUUUUCAGACAAUUGGGAACAUUUGCAAUGGGCGGCUUUGGAAGUAAAGAUUUCGAUACAGCAUCAAAAUCGCUUACAGAUGCCUGUCGACUAAGUCAUAUCAGAUUACUGGCUGCACCGCUGGUGGUCGAAGGCAGUGAAAAGACUACUAGUCAGUACUCUGCAAUAUCGGGAAGUUUGACUUUAGCUAGUCUGGAAGUUGUAGAGUGUUUGGUCGAUUCCAACAACCCCAACUCGUACAGAGCAUCAACGAUAGAAUUCGUCGAACUAUUAGCGUUUACGAAAGAAAGCGCGACUAAUAUCGGAUUUUCCAAUAAAACCGAUUUUAGAAUGAGAUUUAAAUAUACACAAAAGGCUGUCCGACAUGCUCACAUGACGAAAUUUGCACAUCCACGCACAGAAAUCGACAUUCAAAUGGAACCCUGCAGAGGCGAGAUAGACAUUACGAUUGUAGAUAGAAUAUCCGCUAUUCUUAACCCGCAGCCAAUAUGUACUUGCAACCCUGUAGUAAAUACUAGGGAUGCUAAUCAGCAGACAUUAUUUGAUCAAGCUGUGGAUAGCGCAACACUGCCAGAUUCCAGAGUGGACGUAAAAAUUUCUUCAUCAUCAUGUACGAUAAAGCUAAGAUUUCCCGUCCCAGACUUGAGACCAUUGCAUGAUAUGAGUCGUGCACCAUGGUGGAAGAGAUCCGUGAGACCCGAUUACAUGAUAGCGCAAAUGACAGAUGCUCAAAUUCAUUCCACUAUGGACAGUCGAUCUCAUUAUCUAGCCAGGCACGAAUUGCAGUGUCGCCGGUUAUUACUGUUAUACGUAGAGACCGAGGAUGACACGCCGAUCGAGAUUGGUCUUGCCACAGCCGACGAGAAAAGCGAUGCUGCGUCGUAUCAGCAGGUCAGCGACGACCUUGGUUGGACAAGAGUGGUGGUCAUUGUGUAUCCAGAACGUCUCAGUGCCCCAUUGGAAGAUAGUUCCGAGGAAGAGCCCGAGAACGAUAAACGGAUUUUGGAUGAUAGCUUGGAAAAAACCCCGAAGCACGCGCCUUCUCCCUUCACUUCUAGACGAAUCAUGCGCGAAUCUGAUACGCUUCAUUCGAAAUCUCAUGAACACGGUGAAAAAAACGAGCAAAGUGACGGCGAGGAAUUAAUUAUACCCGGCAAUCGACAAGAGAUGUUGGAAUUUAUAGAGGAAGGUAUACACGGCUCUAGAUUGCAAUUAGAAAUCAAUCUACCUUGCGCUUCCGUCCAAAUACCGUCUAAACGCAUUUACGAACAACUCUACAAUCGAUUCAAUACCGAUCUAUUUCUGUGGGAGCCGUCUGCGCCCAGACCCAAGUACACCACUUAUAUGGAAAGUCACAUCGGCCUCGACUUGGCAUCGACUCUCUUACAGGAAUCCGCUUAUCCUAGAUUCACCAUGUGCAAAAGCGGGAUCCAAUAUAAUUCCGACUCCGACUCGGAUGAGGAAGGUAUUUUUCAAUCUACGACGAACGAGAAGAAUCGCAAGGAUCAUCAGCAGACACGAAUGUCAUCGAAGAAAGCUCAAAGCAAACUUGCAAUGACUCUGAGCAUUAAUCAGGGUCUGCUGUCUAUGUACACUCCCGUACGCGAUUCCAUGCGCAACGUUAUACCCGGACAACAAGGAGAACUCAUUAUUCGAUUGGAGGAUGCCACAAUAUUCUCCGUAACAGCGUACAAGGGGAAUGUGAAUCUGAGCUACGCUUGCGCCAUGAUGAAGAGCAUAUCGCUCGAUCAUUGCGGUUUGACCACGAGCCCGUCACAGACACCACCGUUGAGAUGUAUCAAUAGCGUUACACCACGACAUUGCGAGAGAACAAUAUAUCGCAGCGGACCCGGCACCAGUAUAGCAGCGAAUCCCAGCGACAAGGAUAUGAUGACGAUUGCGGUGAGGAUACAAGCAGCUCAUCAAACGCAUCGUAUUAAGACGUUUCGUGUCGCGAUAAGUAUAAGCAAUGCCACAUUGAGGCAUCGAAUGUGCCCCACCACCACAACGUGGUUCACAGAGUUCUUAGACUGUCUAGAUGUGGCGGAUCAUCCGGUCGCGGGCUACACACCGCCGGGCGUUUUAACCGAACUGCAUUUACAUCUUUGGGAUUGCGCGAUUGAUUAUAGGCCGCUUCACCUGCCGUUGAGAUCUAUUGUGACCCUUGGCAAUUUCAGCGUAUCGAGCAACAUCACCGCGCAAACCAAUACGUCGACGUUACGCUUCAUCGCAGAAGACGUCGCACUUUUUAUAUCGGACAAAUUAAUGCGCGAAAAGUCAGGAGUGGAUAUCAGGCAGGAUUUUGUGUGCGUGAUGAAUUUUGGCCUGUUCGAAUUGUCGCUGCGCCUGAACGAGAGAAUGUAUGGCGGUACGCCGCGCGUUGAUCUCCGAGCGAGCAACAAUGUGUUACACAUACGCACGUGCUCGGAUUCUGGUCGCGCUCUCAUGCAACUGCUCACGUAUGUCGCUAACGAUGGCGAUCUGCAACAGCAACCGAACAACAGUGCGACUAGUCACGGUAGCACCGAGAGCAUACCUACCACUGUGCCACCAACAUCUACGACGUACGAGGAGAAUCUUUUGGGCGUCGAGAGUAUCAAUACUCUAAGCAGAAGUCAGGUCGAGCGAGUCUACAGCUUGAUGGAGGAUGCGUUGGAGGAGACCGUGAAGGGAACGACGAUAACGACCCGAAGCGGGAAUGAAAACGGGAAAACGCCAAUGACGGAGAAUCGAGUCGAAUUUUUUUUCCCCGACGAGUCGUGUGCUUUGCGUGCAAUAGAGACGCGAACAAAGAGUUCGCAAGAAUGCAGUAAAACAAUCGCGUGCGGCAUGAAUGACGAUGACGACGAUGACGACGAAUUUUGUAUCCUAGGAGAAGAGGCCGGUGCGGGAAUAAUACCGCGCUACGGAGUACCUGAGGUUCGGUCGUUGUGCCAAGAACCGUUGAGAAUAGUGGAUAAUCACUUUUCCGUGCCGGUCGGAAAAACCGAUCUGUUGCAGACUCCGCCAAAUUAUCCUGCACCAGUCUUGAAGUAUACUCUCUGCGAGAUGACACUGAUAUGGCACAUGUACGGCGGCAACGAUUUUGAUAGCUCGCAGUUACAAUGCUCCGCGAAACAUGUGACCAUCAACGACAACGCUCGCAAUAAUAUUGCGCAUGGAAGGAGUAGGUCCGCUAUAGGUGCAGUAAGCUUCAACAAGUCUAAUCCGAAUGAAGUACACUUCGGCAGCAUGCCAAAUUCGCCGCGCGCAACGAGAAGCAACGAAUCAUUGAUUGAUUGGCACGCGCUGGGCGGCCCGGGUCGACGGCAUGAUGUGCUGAUGGAACUGCAAUUGAGCAAGGUUCGCUUCCAACAUGAGGUCUAUCCGGAGAACACUCGGGAAGCAUCCAGGCAAGUGCUACUGGUGCACGAGAUCGAAGUAAGGGAUAGACUGGCGUCGUCGCACAUAAACAAAUUCCUUUAUCAGUACAGCAGCGAGGCGAGACCCAGGCAGUCUCACUCCAUUAUGUUUACAAUGAAGGCAGUUCACGUAAGGCCGGAUCCCAGAUUAAGUGCCCAAGAAUGUUGUUUGAAACUUAGUCUACUGCCACUGCGACUGAACAUAGACCAAGAUAGCCUACUGUUCUUAAUACAAUUUUUUAACGAACUAGGCGGUGGAUCGAAGCGAAGCCAAGAAAGCUCUAACACACCCAAUAGCUCGCAAUCCACCCCCGUAUCGAAACAAGGAACACCUACACAUCAUCCGCCCAUUAUGAGCGUGAAUGAUGAUGCGUUGAAGAAUGACGCGAUGAUGAAUAUGUCGCAGAAUAAUAUCAUUGAUCAGAAUCUAUUGAUACUUUUGGAAGACGAGCUGACAUUCAGGGACAAUAAGACUAAAACCAAGGCUGUCCACCAGAUCCACGAUGAUAGUCAACCGAUAUACUUUAGAAGCGUGGUAUUUGGCCCGGAAGUUCUCAUCAGGUUGGAUUACCAAGGGAAACGUAUGGAUUUCACUCACGGACCAUUGGCGGGUCUGUUAAUGGGUUUAGCAGAACUGAAUUGCUCCGAAUUAAGACUAAAGAGACUGUCGUACAGGCACGGGUUAUUGGGCUACGAUAAGCUUCUCGCGUAUUUGGCUUCAGAAUGGUUGCAAGACAUCAAGAAGAAUCAACUUCCGAGUUUACUCGGCGGCGUGGGCCCGAUGCAUUCUGUGGUGCAGUUAUUUCAAGGGAUACGCGAUCUAUUUUGGUUACCGAUCGAACAGUAUCAGAGAGACGGAAGAAUUGUCCGUGGUUUACAGCGCGGGGCGAAUAGCUUUACAACGUGUACUGCGAUGGCUGCAUUAGAAUUGACAUGCAGAAUCGUGCAAGCGUUACAAACCACAGCUGAGACCGCGUAUGAUAUAGUUAGUCCCGGUCCCAGCGUAAGAUGCAAAAAUAAGGGACAAAAGGGUCGUCGAAAGAGAUACAGCCAGCCACUGGAUAUUCGAGAAGGGGUAGCUAACGCUUACACCUUGGUAAAAGAGGGUUUAGGCGAGACUGCGACUCAAUUGGUUCGAGUGGCAAGUGAGGAACACGAGCAUAAGGGCACGGUCGGUGCGGUCGGCGGUGUACUACGACAAAUUCCGCCAACGGUCGUAAAACCAAUUAUCCUGGCCACAGAAGCGACCAGCAAUGUCUUGGGUGGCAUGCGAUCUUCGUUGGUGCCCGAUGCGCGACGAGAGGCGGUACAGAAGUGGCGACAAAAUUCCGAUACCAGUUAAUUCCGGGUUAUAAAAAGGAGAUCGUUAAAUCAGAUCUCGUCAGUCAAUUUCGCUCAAAUAACGCUUUUUCUCGAUUGCGGCCAAUCAGGCGAGCCGAGUCACUUUUUAUUAUAACAUAUUCAUGACAUAUAUAACGAAAGAGAAUACUAGAUAAGAGUGCCAUACGUUUUCGCGUUGCGUCUGGCGACAUUGUGAUUGUAGCGAUUUAUUUUCACACUAGAUCUGUGCGAUUUACUCUCGCUUGAUCUGUACGAUUGGGCCUCGAUGGAUCGACAUGCGAGGAAACAAUAGACCUAAAACGUAACUCUGAUGAAAAAGAUGAGAGAAAAAUAGGAGUCGUCGUCCCAUUGGGUCCUAACUACGUGUGCUAUACAAUGUUAACGGAGUGAUAUCGAUUUAAUUGAUUUUCUUGUACAUUAUACGAAAGAGGUGCAGUACACUUGGAAAAAAGUUCACAUAAUUCAAAUCACAUAAUUUAAAAUUGCUGCUAAUUUAUAAUAAAUGUACAAAAACAGAAAAAGAUAUAACUUGUUAUACUUAUAGAAUGUGAAAAUAGCUACGUUCUAUUAUGAAGGAAUAUAUGACAGCACACUAUAUUCCUUCUAUAUAUAUUUUUUGUUUUGAUCAUGUGAAUGUUUUAUACCAAUGAUAUAUGUAUCGGACAAGAUUUUUAUUAAUAAAAUUAUACAUAAUAUAUAGAAAAA